AUGGGGAUUGCUACUGCUUGCGCACUCGCCAGGGGGGAGGGUUGGUGCAGCAGCAGCAGCAGCAGUUGUAGUCGUAGUUGUAGGUUUAGUUUUAGUUUUAGUAGUAGUAGUAGUAGGAGUAGUAGUAGGAGUAGUAGUAGUAGUAGUAGUAGUACUAGUAGUAGUAGUAGUAGUAGUAGUAGUAGUAGUAGUAGUAGUAGUAGUAGUAGUAGUAGUAGUAGUAGUAGCAUUGAAAAGGGGGGCCCCAAAUGCCUGCAUCAACUCUCUGCUGCCGGCCGCUGA